AACCAUAUCUGCUACAGUGGCUUUAUUGGACUAUGCAACUUGAUACAGCCUUCAACGACCGAGAAGGCGUUCAGGAAAUUUAAAUCAAGCAUUUGUCAGGAAUCCCCGUUCGACAGAAUUGACGUCCUGACAUUUCCGACGAAGGAGUCCAUCGAAGUCUGUGGAGGCAAACGUCACAGGUAUCUGCUACUGGACAACACUCGGUUUCAAGUUCUGUCGACGAAGUGUGACCCCGUGGGUAAAAACUGGCUAGGUUGCAGCGCUUGA